AUUUCAUAAAGUAUAUGCUGUUUUGGCUUGUUAUUUUGAGUGGAAAAUUCUCGUUUGCUUACUUUCUUCAGAUCAAGCCACUGGUGGAACCAACGAGGGAUAUUAUAAAAGAGACUAGAAUAGAGUACUCUUGGCAUGAUUUUGUCUCUAAAAACAAUCAUAAUGCUUUGACAGUUGUUAGUGUAUGGGCUCCCGUGGUUGCUAUUUAUCUUCUGGAUAUAUAUGUGUUUUACACAGUUGUAUCGGCUGUUUGCGGAUUCUUACUGGGGGCAAGAGAUCGACUGGGAGAAAUUAGGUCAUUGGAAGCACUGCAUAAACUAUUUGAGCAGUUUCCUGGAGCUUUUAUGGACACACUUCAUGUUCCUCUACCCAACAGGAGUUCCCAUCAGUUUUCUGUUCAGGUUGUGGAGAAGAACAAGGUUGAUGCUGCUCGGUUUGCCCCCUUUUGGAAUGAGAUCAUAAGAAAUCUAAGGGAGGAGGAUUAUAUAACUAACUUUGAAAUGGAGUUGCUUUUAAUGCCUAAGAAUUCUGGGGAUCUCCCUUUGGUUCAAUGGCCACUUUUUCUACUUGCAAGCAAGAUAUUUUUGGCCAGGGAUAUUGCUGUUGAGAGUAAGGAUACUCGAGAAGAGAUUUGGGAUAGAAUAUCCCGAGAUGAUUAUAUGAUGUAUGCUGUUCAGGAGUGUUACUAUUCUAUUAAACUCAUUUUGACAGAGAUAUUAGAUGAUGUGGGAAGGAAGUGGGUUGAAAGGAUAUAUGAUGAUAUUGAUACUAGUAUCAAAAACAAGAGUAUUCAUAUAGACUUCCAACUAAUUAAGUUGCCUCUUGUGAUUUCAAGAGUAACUGCAUUGAUGGGGAUCCUGAGAGAGACUGAAACACCUGAACUGGAAAGGGGUGCAGUUAGGGCUGUUCAGGAUCUGUAUGAUGUUAUGCGAUUUGAUGUUCUUACUAUAAAUAUGAGGGAGAAUUAUGACACAUGGAGUUUGCUGACCAAAGCUAGGGAUGAAGGGCGUUUGUUUGAAAAGUUGAAAUGGCCCAAGAAUACAGAUUUAAAAAUGCAAGUCAAAAGAUUGUAUUCACUGCUGACUAUCAAAGAGUCUGCCUCAAGCAUUCCUAAAAAUCUUGAGGCCAGGCGACGGCUGGAGUUUUUCACAAAUUCUCUUUUUAUGAAGAUGCCUCGUGCAAAGCCAGUUCGGGAGAUGUUAUCUUUUAGUGUUUUCACUCCUUACUAUUCUGAGAUUGUGCUAUAUAGCAUGGCUGAACUCCUAAAGAAAAAUGAAGAUGGCAUUUCAAUUUUGUUCUACCUUCAGAAGAUAUAUCCAGAUGAGUGGAAAAACUUUCUUGCUCGAAUUGGCCGUGACGAAAACACACUUGAGAGUGAACUUUAUGACAGUCCUAGUGAUAUUCUUGAACUGCGAUUUUGGGCUUCAUAUCGAGGGCAAACAUUGGCCAGAACGGUUAGGGGGAUGAUGUAUUAUAGGAAAGCUCUUAUGCUUCAGACCUAUUUGGAGAGCACAACAGCCGGAGAUUUGGAGGCAGCAAUGGGUUGUGAUGAAGUAACUGAUACACAUGGCUUUGAGUUAUCCCCUGAGGCACGUGCCCAGGCAGAUCUGAAGUUCACUUAUGUUGUGACAUGUCAAAUUUAUGGUAAGCAGAAAGAAGAGCAAAAGCCCGAGGCUGCUGAUAUUGCUUUACUUAUGCAAAGAAAUGAAGCUCUCCGUGUUGCUUUCAUCGAUGUUGUUGAAACUUUAAAAGAGGGAAAAGUGAACACAGAAUACUACUCGAAGCUUGUGAAAGCUGAUAUCAAUGGGAAAGACAAGGAGAUAUACUCUGUGAAGUUACCUGGAAAUCCCAAAUUGGGUGAAGGAAAGCCUGAGAACCAAAAUCAUGCAAUUAUUUUUACACGUGGAAAUGCGGUCCAAACAAUUGACAUGAAUCAGGAUAACUAUUUUGAGGAGGCUUUGAAGAUGAGGAACCUUCUUGAAGAAUUUCAUUCUGAUCACGGGCUACGUCCUCCUACUAUACUUGGUGUUAGAGAACAUGUCUUUACUGGCAGUGUCUCAUCUUUAGCCUCAUUUAUGUCCAAUCAAGAAACUAGUUUUGUGACUUUAGGCCAGCGGGUUUUAGCAAAUCCAUUGAAGGUCCGCAUGCACUAUGGGCAUCCUGAUGUUUUUGAUAGAAUAUUCCACAUAACUCGUGGUGGCAUCAGCAAGGCUUCCCGCAUUAUCAACAUUAGUGAAGAUAUCUUUUCAGGAUUCAAUUCAACCUUACGCCAAGGAAAUGUUACACAUCAUGAAUAUAUUCAGGUUGGUAAGGGAAGAGAUGUUGGGCUCAAUCAGAUUGCACUAUUUGAAGGAAAAGUUUCAGGUGGUAAUGGUGAACAAGUUCUCAGUCGUGAUGUAUACAGACUUGGGCAGCUUUUUGAUUUCUUCCGGAUGAUGUCUUUUUAUUUUACAACAGUUGGAUACUACUUUUGUACCAUGCUAACAGUGCUUACUGUAUAUGCCUUUCUUUAUGGGAAAACUUAUUUGGCACUAUCUGGUGUUGGUGAAACCAUUGAAGAAAGGGCUAGGAUAACUAAGAACACUGCACUGAGUGCUGCUUUGAAUACACAAUUUCUCUUUCAAAUUGGUAUCUUCACUGCAGUGCCAAUGGUCUUGGGCUUCAUUCUUGAACAAGGUUUUUUGAGGGCCAUUGUCAGUUUUGUCACAAUGCAGUUCCAGCUCUGCACUGUCUUUUUCACAUUUUCCUUGGGUACAAGAACACAUUAUUUUGGUCGGACCAUUCUUCAUGGUGGUGCAAGGUAUCAAGCAACUGGCCGCGGGUUUGUUGUCCGCCAUAUCAAAUUUUCAGAGAAUUACAGACUCUACUCGCGUAGUCAUUUUGUUAAAGGGUUGGAGGUUGUGCUUUUGUUGAUAGUAUAUCUUGCUUAUGGCUAUAAUGAAGGUGGUGCACUCUCGUAUAUUCUUCUGAGUAUAAGCAGUUGGUUUAUGGCUCUAUCCUGGUUGUUUGCUCCAUAUUUAUUCAACCCGUCUGGAUUUGAGUGGCAAAAGGUGGUGGAAGACUUCCGAGAUUGGACAAAUUGGCUACUUUACCGUGGUGGAAUUGGUGUUAAGGGAGAAGAAAGCUGGGAAGCUUGGUGGGAAGAAGAACUGGCUCAUAUCAGGAGCUUGGGUUCAAGGAUAGCAGAAACCAUUCUGAGUCUUAGAUUUUUCAUCUUCCAAUAUGGUAUUGUGUACAAGCUUAAUGUGAAAGGAUCGAGCACUUCAUUGACGAUUUAUGGACUCUCGUGGAUAGUUCUGGCUGUGAUUAUUAUCCUUUUCAAGGUAUUCACCUUUAGCCAGAAGAUAUCAGUCAAUUUCCAGCUUCUUCUGCGUUUUAUACAAGGAGUGGCCCUUCUGAUGGCAUUGGCUGGUUUAGCUGUAGCAGUUAUAUUAACCGAUCUGUCUGUAGCUGACAUAUUUGCUUCUCUGUUGGCUUUCAUUCCUACUGGAUGGGGAAUUCUGUCUAUUGCUGCUGCCUGGAAGCCUGUGAUGAAGAAGCUAGGAUUAUGGAAAUCCGUUCGAUCCAUUGCUCGCCUGUAUGACGCCGGCAUGGGAAUGAUGAUCUUCGUACCCAUUGCACUCUUUUCGUGGUUCCCAUUUGUAUCAACUUUCCAAACUCGCCUCAUGUUUAACCAGGCUUUUAGCCGAGGGUUAGAAAUUUCUCUAAUCCUAGCUGGGAACAAUCCUAAUACUGGAAUAUAGUUAGUUGUAUUUGGAGAUUCGAUCUAUAUGCUUUUAAAUUUCGUGGAGAGGGUGAGUCAGUAAAUCUUCUUGUAGGACACUUGAGCAUUGUGAAUAGUUGUAUCAUCAUUUUUCUGGUGUAUGCCAUUGCCAUUUCAAUCGUUUGAUUAGAUUUGCAAUAUCAGCUGAGUUCUCUUA